AUGGCUACCGCAAUAGACGAGAAACCCGGCGUCGACAACGCCUCGGAUCACGAGAAGGACCUCGGCUCUGCGAUGCCAGAGAAACUGACCAACUUUGAGGAUCCGGAUGCUGGGCUGAGUGAUGAAGAAAGGGCCCGAAUUGACCGCCAGCUCCUCUGGAAACUCGACCUGCGACUCGUGCCCUGGCUGAGUCUGCUUUAUCUCGUCUCCUUCCUGGAUCGGACGAAUAUUGGCAAUGCUAAAAUCGACGGCCUCGCGACGGAUCUCGGCAUGACCGCCGAUCAGUACAAUGCCACCCUGACGAUCUUCUUCGUUUCGUACUCCGUCUUUGAGCCCGUGACCAAUGUCUUGCUCAAGCGGCUCCGGCCGAGUAUCUUUAUUCCAUGUAUUAUGGUCGCGUGGGGGAUCUGUAUGACCUGCAUGGGCGUCGUCAAAAACUACUCCGGUCUCAUGGCCGCUCGCUGGUUCCUUGGCCUGGCUGAGGCUGGUCUUUUCCCCGGCGUCGGCUACUUCCUCUCGUGCUGGUACAAGCGCUCCGAGUUCGGCGUGCGCAUGGCCAUUUUCUUCUCCGCCGCCGCACUGGCCGGGUCUUUCGGUGGCCUACUAGCGGCUGCCAUUGCGAAAAUGGAUGGCAUCGGCGGCAAGCCUGGCUGGUCCUGGAUUUUCAUUUUGGAGGGGCUGGCGACGAUUGUGAUUGGCGUGAUCUCCUUCUGGUGUGUCCAUGAUUUCCCCGACCAGGCCAAGUUCUUGUCGCCGGAGGACCGCGCGCGAGUGUUGCGUCGGCUCGCGGCCGACCAGCAGUCCAGUGCGGAGCACGAGGAGUUCAAGAUGUCCUAUUUCUGGGCCAGUCUCACGGACUGGAAGACUUACACGGGGGCUAUCAUCUACAUGGGAGCGGAUGGAUCGCUGUAUGCGUUUUCGCUGUUUGUGCCGACGAUUAUCAAUGAACUAGUGAGCUACAGCGCCAUCCGCGCGCAGCUCCUCAGUGUACCACCGUACGCGGCGGCGGCCAUCCUCACCAUCACCAUCGGCUUCAUUGCAGACCGGACGCGUCAGCGUGGACUCUGCAACAUUGGUGUGUCUCUUCUCGGCAUGGUUGGCUUCGCCAUGCUGUUGGGAUGCGAGUCCCCGGGCGCCCGUUACGCAGGCACCUUCCUAGGCGCCAUGGGUAUCUACCCAGCCAUUGCAAACACCAUCUCCUGGUCCAGUAACAAUACCGAAGGCGUCUAUAAGCGUGGAGUCUCCCUUGGCUUUAUCAUCGGCUGGGGCAACCUCAAUGGGAUUGUCUCCUCCAACAUCUACCGCGCAAAUGACAAGCCCCGCUACUAUCCGGGCCACGGCGUCGUGCUGGCCUACCUGGUGCUGUUCCUGUUUGGUGGCUCGGUUGUGCAGUAUGUCCUGCUGCGCCGGGAGAACCGCAAGCGCCGGCGCGGUGAUCGUGACCAGUGGAUUGCGGGAUUGGACCCGGGCCAGAUUGAGUUGCUGGGGGAUAAAAGACCCGACUUCAUAUAUACCCUGUGA